AUGCUAGCUCUUACAUUUAUGCUAUUGCUUGUGGUUGAGUUGGGAUGGGCCGCCCAGUGUAACAAGUGGUAUGGACCCGCUGGAACUGUUGAAUGUAUUCAAAUACAACGGUACAAUAAUGAAUACCAGUGGGGGACGUGCUUAACGGAUGCAUACAUCAAGCAAAAGAGCAAACAAAAACAUCUCUGCAUAGACCGAGCUGCAACCUACUGCUGGUAUCAAUGUAUGCUUGAAGUGCAUAGCAAGGAAGCUGGAUCAGUGACGAGUGAUUGUUCCUGUACUCCCAGCAAUCCAACCUCAUAUCCAAACACUCUCACGCCUACCACAUUACUGCCUCCAGAAUGCUAUAGUCCACUUGGGGAUUCCUGUGAUUGGUAUCGCAACUGCCUGGAGAGGAGGUAUCCCUGUGAAGCUACAAGUAAUGGUUACGCAAUCAAAUACGCUGAACAUUUUUGCAAGCUGUAUGACCAAAACUUAGCAAAGUUCAGUCCAAUCGGGAAAAACUGGGUUAAUGGAGUUCGUAAAUGCCUCCAAGUCUCACUGGUGCCACUAUUGCGGCCAUGGGCCGAUCCAACAUGUAAAGAGAUACGAGAAAGAGCGUUUGCCUCUCAUACACCAUGUUACCUGAAUCCGGGAAAUGGUGCGCCAUCCGUCUGUGAUCUUGACUGCUCCGAUUACUUCCAGAUCUUUUGGACCAUCAAAGGUUCCUUUGUCAAAGUCGAUACACUCUGGGAAUCUCUCAAAGGAAUGUGGAACAUAGAGCAGAAAUGCGGAUUUUCUGCUAACAUCAAGAAAUGCUACAGAGAACUGAAAGAUGGCACAGUCAGAGUGAUCAAGCUGAAGAUUAAAAAGUUUUUUCUGCGAUCGAGGCGCUCAACUGACAAUCUUCCUAAAUCUGAUGCUCAAAGUCGAUUCGCGGACGGAGUUGGCUCAGCCAUUGCGAGUGCCUUGAAGUGGAACUCAGAUGUAAUGGACUGGCUCGCCUAUACUGAGAGAGUUGAAGCUCCAGAUAACAUGGAAAUUGUCGUCUUAUUGGCUGAUAAGAAAGCCCUGGGCAUCGCCAUGACAUCCACUCCAUCCGUCAACUUCAACCAGACCAUCCAAGAGUUUGCCUCAGCUGUAAAACAGGGAACGCUACCUUUGAAAGUGGAUGGACACAACAUCUGGGUGAAGAGCUUGGCCUUGUGUUCUGAUAAAGCCUGCACCAUCACCCAGACACUGGCAGUGUCAGACAAGCCUCCAAACUGGAAUGGUGCAUUGGGGAUCCCAGGUGGUAAAUUUGUCUUGUGUGGAACCAUCGCUGUGUUGGUCAUGAUGAUGGACAAACUGCUUUAUUAA